UGCCGCACACUUCGAGAUCCAAAAUUUUAUCCACACUAGAGCACAGCUUAUCCUCGUGGUCGCGGACCCAUUCUUUAUUUACCGAAUUUCCAAGAUACCAUGGGUGCCUAUCUGGCUAAACCAAAAACAGAGAAGAUUUCCGAAGGCAGUGAAAAUGGAAAUGUUAGUUAUGGAGUGUCCUGUAUGCAAGGAUGGCGUGUAACUAUGGAGGAUGCCCACACAUGUAUGCUUGAUUUUGAUGAAAACUCCACACUGUUUGCUGUUUAUGAUGGCCAUGGAGGGUCUGAGGUAGCACAAUACGUAGCAAAGCACUUCCCAGAAGUACUGAAAAGAAUGGGAACUUACAAGAAAGGAGAAAUUAAACAGUCAAUGAUUGAUUCAUUUUUGGAAAUGGAUCAACAAAUCAUCAGCGAGGAGGGUCUUGCAGAACUGAAAGAACUAGCAGGGCUUGAUAAGGACCUUGAUGAGGAAGAAGAUCUUGGAAUGUUAGAAAAAGAAGCAACAAUGCCAUUGCGUGAAUUGCUGCUGAAAAUGAAAGAGAUUAAGAAAGCAGGAGGUGCUAAUGAAGAAGAUGAAGAUGUUGAAUACUGGACAGAAAGUAGCGAAAAAGAUGCAGAUGAAGAACAUGGUAAUCAGACUGAUGCAAAGAGUGGAAAUGAGGAAGGAGAAGAUAAGGUUAAAGAAAAUGGCUCACAGAAUGGAGAAGAAGGCUCCAUGUCUAGCACAAAGUCUACUCAAGAUGUUGCUAACAAUGAUAAGGAGAAGGAAAAAAGAGAUUUGGAUGAUGAGAGUAAGAAUGAGGAACAACCUGAACAAGAAGAAGCUGAAAACAAGUGUUCAAGUAUGUAUGGGAAUAGUCACAAUGAAAAAGAAUUUGCUGGUGCAUCAGCUGGGACUGAAGAUAAUAAUGAUGAUGACAGUGAUGAUGACGAUGAUGAUGAUGAUGAUGAUGAUGAUGAUGAUGAUGAGGAGGAUGACGACGAGGAGGAUGAUUCUAAUGAUGAUGCAGAUGAUGGCAAUGAAGUUCCUCCAGGCUCAGAUGAGGUUGGAUAUGACAGUGGCACUACAGCAAUUGUAGCUUUCUUACAGGAGAAUCAAUUAACUGUUGCCAACGUUGGUGAUUCACGUUGUGUUUUGUGUAGAAAUGGUAGGGCUUUAGAAAUGUCCAUGGACCACAAACCCGAGGAUGAACAUGAACUUAAUAGAAUCCACAAAGCAGGCGGAAAAGUAACUUGUGAAGGAAGAGUCAAUGGAGGGUUAAAUCUGUCCAGAGCAUUAGGUGAUCAUAGUUAUAAACUACAAACAGAAUUAUCCGCACACGAACAGCAAAUCACUGCAAUGCCUGACGUCAAACAAACACAGUUAACUGAGGCUGAUGAGUUUAUGGUAAUCGCUUGUGAUGGAAUAUGGAAUGUGAAAGGAAGUCAAGAAGUGGUAGAUUUUGUGUCAGACAGAUUACGAGAACAGAGGAAGAACGGUAAACCAAACCUUACACAGAUUUGUGAGGAGCUACUCGAUUCUUGUUUGGCAUCAGACACCGCAGGGGACGGGUCAGGGUGUGAUAACAUGACCACUAUUAUAGUGCUUUUUAACUCUGCUGGUAAAACAGAUCAAAACAGUAAAAAGAGGAAACUGCAGAGCGAAACGACCGACGAGGAUUCCGUGGACAAGCGACUCAAGACGGACGACUCAUGAUUCAUACGUAACCGUACACAAAGUUUUCAAACUACACAGGGGUUCUUUUGUCACCUUUCACGUUCACAGACAGUUGGUGGUCGAGUAUGUGGAGAGUUAUUUCGCCAGAUGGGAACAUGUGCUUGGAACCGAUUGGGAUUCACACGGUCUGGGAUUAAUGGAGCAAGAAUUGGAUUACAAAAUUGCCCGUUUUUCUGAGAAGUUUACUCACUAAAAACCCAUUAAAAAUAUAACACUUUUGGGAGCAUAAGGUUUAAAUCAAACAGUUAGUUAACCGAAAUAUCGCUUCUUACAUGGGGUAAAUGCGCGUACCAUUGAAUGUACAUGGCAAUGUAAACUUAGUCCACAAAGUCGUGAGAUUUCUCUGAAACUUUUUGCAAGUAUAUUUUGUUUCCAUUUUCAACUGCCAGGAAAACUGGGGAGGAGAUUCGAAACCCCCACGAGAAACUCCUCCCUCAGCUUGUCUUGUUCCCAAGAAUGUUUUGAAAUCUGAUUUAUUAGUCCCUCCAUGGCUUUCUUAAAAAUGACAAGGGCUGGAGAAAUUUAGAGCUAAUGACCGAAGCUCAAAAAUGUGAUCGUACAGUAACUGCUCUAUUUCAGAGCGGCGUUUUAGCAUUUGCAUUUUGACUUAACAAUUAAUCAGUGUUCUUCGUAGCUUUGAUAUUCGUCUAAUAUCCGAUGGGGAUUACUCUUCUCAAUCUGUUACUUUUAUAUUAUACUUUUAAAACCUUUUCUAAUGGUUGUGUUCUGUCAGUUAAACCUUAGUUUGUUCUCCUGAAAAGAUGAACCUGAAUUGUUUAAGUUCCUUAUUUGUCACUAGCAACGAAAGAACUCGCUUUCAUGAGAAAGUAUUUAUAAGUUAACUUUCGCUGGUGCUUUGUACAUCAUUCAUCAAUUCCGUUGCAUGACGAGUGAAGGAGACCCAGCCUCCAUUAAUUCCCUCAUUCUCUGACUGUUGCACUGGUUUUACUUAUAAAAAGCAAACAUGUCUUUCGUUUUUGACUUGCUUGAAAAUAUCAGUAUUUUAUGUUG